AUGAAAACUCACAAUAAGCAGAAACAGAAGCACACCGGUGAGAAGCCGUUUCAAUGUACAGUCUGUGACAAAACGUUUCUUACGAAAGCCACCCUGAAUCAACAUACGAAAAUUCACGACAAGGAUCAACAUCAUCAGUGUCCUCAGUGUCCACAAAAGUUCGCACAGUUAUUGCAACUACAGAAUCACAUAAGGAAGCACACCGCCCACUUGCUUGUCCAUUCAAAAAUUCACAACAAACAUCAACAACAUCAGUGUCCGCAGUGUAUAAAAACGUUCCCACAGUAUUCUCAACUAAGGAAUCACUUUAGAACGCACACCGGCGAAAAGCCAUUCCAGUGUCUGAUCUGUGGCAAAGCGUACCCUGCGAAAAAUAGUUUAGAUUAUCAUGUGAAAAUGCACAACAAGGAUCAACAAUAUCAAUGUCCUCACUGUGACAAAGCGUUUUAUGUGAAAGGCAACCUGUAUCAACAUAUGAAAAUUCACAACAAGGAUCAACACCAUCAGUGUCCGCACUGUCCACGAAAGUUCGCACAGCGUAUUCAACUAACGAAUCACAUUAGGACGCAUACCGGCGAAAAGCCGUUUCAAUGUAAAGUUUGUGGCAAAGCGUUCCAUUCGCUAAACAACUUGUGUACACAUUCGAAAAUGCACAACACGGAUCAACACCAUCAGUGUCCGCACUGUCCACGAAAGUUCGCGUGGACAGGUCCACUUAAGAGUCACAUUGAGAUGCACACCCUUGAGAAGUCGUUCCAGUGUGAGGUCUGUGACAAAGCGUUUCAUGCGAAAACCAUCUUGGAUGAUCAUAUGAACACUCACAACAAGGUUCAACAACAUCAGUGUCCGGAGUGUCCACAAAAUUUCCCUCUGCUAACGCAACUAAAGGAUCACAUUAAGAUGCACACCGGUGAGAAGCCAUUUCAGUGUAAAGUCUGUGACAAAGCGUUUCAUACAAAAACUAUCUUGCAUAAUCAUGUGAAAAUUCACGACAAGGAUCACCACCUUCAGUGUCCGCAGUGUCCACAAAAGUUCAUAAG